AUGCCACCCCCUACAAAGGUUCCCCGAAGGGAAGCCCUGGUGCUGCAGUGUGAGUGGGGAUCCUGUACCUUUGUGGCCUCAGCUGUGGAAGAGUUCUGUGAACAUGUCACACAGCAUCUUCAGCAGCAUCUCCAGGGCCCUGAGGAAGAAGAUGAGGAUGAGGUGGACCCACUUGUACUUUAUUCAUGCAGGGCUGAGUCCCAGAAAUGGAGGGACCUGAGCUCUCCCUUUCCUCCAUUUCUUCACGCCCCAGCCGAAGAAUAUUCCUGCUUGUGGCAAGAGUGUGGCUUCUGCUCCCCGGACAGCUCAGCCGACCUGGUCCGUCAUGUCUAUUUCCACUGUUACCACACCAAGCUGAAACAGUGGGGACUUCAGGCUCUGCAAGGCCAGGCUGGACUCAGCCAUUGCCUAUUGGACUUCCAAAGCCGAAACAUGAUCCCUGACAUUCCUGACCACUUCUUGUGCCAGUGGGAGCACUGUGAGAGCUCUUUUGACAAUCCAGAGUGGUUCUACCGGCACGUGGAGGCCCAUAGUUUGUGCUGUGAAUACAAGGCAGCCAGCAAGGAGAACCAUGUGGUGCCCUGUGGCUGGAAAGAUUGCAACUGUACCUUCAAAGGCCGAUGUAAACUGAGAGAGCAUCUUCGAAGCCAUACCCAGGAGAAAGUUGUGGCCUGCCCCACCUGCGGGGGCAUGUUUGCUAAUAACACCAAGUUCUUUGACCACAUCCGACGCCAGACGUCACUGGACCAGCAGCGAUUCCAAUGUUCCCAUUGUUCCAAGAGGUUUGCCACUGAACGACUAUUGCGGGACCACAUGCGCAACCAUGUAAAUCAUUACAAGUGCCCUUUAUGUGACAUGACCUGCCCGCUACCCUCUUCCCUCCGAAACCACAUUCGUUUCCGACACAGUGAAGACCGGCCUUUUAAGUGUGACUACUGUGACUACAGUUGUAAGAAUCUGAUUGACCUUCGAAAGCACCUGGACACUCAUAGCAAGGAACCUGCCUAUCACUGCGAGUUUGAGAGUUGCAGCUUCAGUGCUCGCUCCCAUUGCUCCAUCAAAUCCCAUUACCGAAAAGUACAUGAAGGUGACUCUGAGCCAAGAUACAAGUGUCACGUGUGUGACAAGUGCUUCACUCGAGGCAAUAACCUGACUGUCCACCUUCGAAAGAAGCAUCAGUUCAAGUGGCCCUCAGGGCAUCCCCGGUUCCGGUACAAGGAGCAUGAGGAUGGUUACAUGCGCCUGCAGCUGGUCCGCUACGAGAGUGUGGAGCUGACUGAGCAGCUACUGAGGGAACGAGAAGAGCAGGGGGCUCCCGGGCCAGGGGCAGCACUGACUGAGGGCAGCCUGCAAGGUAUUCUCCUAGAGCCUGGGCCUGAGGAGGAGGAGGAAGAAGAGGAAGAAGAGGAGGCAGAGGUGGAGGAGAGUGAAGAGGCAGCCCCUUCAGCAUCUGCCUCCCAGGACUCUCCCAGCCCUGUCAUUCAUGUGCUGAACAGGACCAAUUCCCAAGGCGAGCAUGAGACAGUCUAUUAUGUCCUGGCCCCAACCCCUGGAGUUCAGCCCCCUGGGCCAGGAGAGGGAGCCCCUGACCCUGAUCCCCCUGACAGCAUCAUGGAGAAACUGCACAGGACAGCUGAGGAGCUGGGAAUCUUGAUAGAGUGAGGGGCUCAGGGGCCCACUCCCUUCAGUGUCCAGCUGAACCAUUGUUUUCUCAUCUUGGAUUUGAGAUUGGCUCUUUUGUUUUUUUUUUUAAUUUUGCUCUUCUCACAUCCCUCUGCUAUGGCCCACUCUAAAAAGAAGGGCUUUCUGAACCACCCUUGGAAACAAGUGUGAGGGGUAGUACUGUGUGGUGAGGGGAGAAGUCUCUUAGUCUAAGAGCCAAACCUGAGAGGAAAGAGUUGUCUGGGAUUGGGAGGAAGCUAUUCAGGGGAUACUUUUGAGAGAUCAAUGUUUGGGUCAUCAUGACCCUAAGGACAAGAGACAUCUCUUUCAACUCUGACUGCAGAACAGUCCAUGGUUUAGAGCAGUCUCACCAGGAAACUGGCCCAUGGACAAUGUGGCAACAGCUCUGAAAGUCUCCCCAAGAUUUGGAUCCUUGAUAGGUGCAAUGUUUUGGGGAUAGACGGGGAUCUCAGACUAAACUUCAAACCUCAAGCCUGUUGAACAUAGACAAUGUUCUUUAAGGGACUCUGAAUCAUCCUGAUUUCCUGGGACUGCCAACCCUGGGUGUCUCAAGGCCAUCCCCUAUUUCUUAAGGCCUUUAUCAUUUCAUUUAGCCCCCAUCCCCAGGCCAAGAGGCUUCAUCCUGGUCUCUAGGUUCUUCCCCCAUCCCUGUGUGUGGGUUACUCUCAGGGAAAAGGUUAGGGGAAGCAUUGAUGAGGGGUGCUGAAUAUCAGUAUGAUUGUAUAAUGAUUUUUUCCUCUUGGCAAUAAACACAUUAUGCCUG